CGAGGCCUAAAAUAUCUAAACUGAUUUAGCCUUGAGCAAUUGGUCAAAACCCUUGUGGUUUCGCCGCACUUCCUGCUCUCUACCUUAUUGUCGAAGGCAAAAGGAGGCAGUGUUCGAUGGACCGGUGACUGAAGUAGAAAAACGAACGAGACAGUGGAGUGGCCUUGAUUUUCUUGCCCUAGAGUGGACAUUCAUAAAAAUGGAAAUUGAAGGUGCUGCAAUUCGAGCUCUUGGUUCACUUUUCAAGCUUACCGAAGUCUACCUAUGGGACGACGGCUCCACAGAGACUCGGGAAGUUUGUCCUUUCCCAGAUUUUACCAAUAAAUCUCCUCAGGAUCACGAAGAUAACAGCUCAAACAUUUCUUCUUUAAUCAACGAUUUUAGCGAAGCUCCUGUCGAUAUAGAAUUGAGUAAAGAAAUGGAUGCCUUAGGACUCCCAGUUUCCUUCCAGUCUAAUAAGGAGACGAGGAGUAAAAUGAAGAAAAGGAAAGGAGGUCGUUCAAAGAUUUCUCGUAGUUAUAAAGAAGCAAAAGAUGAAGCUGUAGAUAUUGAUAAAGUGAGUGAGGUGGAGAUUGUAUCUCCUACUGCUUUGCAUAAUAACAUAAGCCAUUCUUUAUCUUGCAUGUCAAUGCUGGGCCAAAGUGAAUCAUGUUAUUAUGAUGGUGCAGUUGGUGUCAGCGGUUCCCGAUGUCUCGAUGGUGAAGAAUCCACAAGUUCAGCUAUUAUAUGUAGUUCUGUCUUUGAUGAAGCCUCUCAUGAUCUGUCUAAUAUUGGCCAGGAACAUGAGUUUGUAACGCUAGGUGAUGUUGCAUCUGAUGAUGAAAAUAAAAAAGGAAUUCUUUCAACCAAUUUUGAUGCUGCUCCUUCGCCACCAUGCCACUUGGAAGAUGCAAGUGUUAACAAUGGUGAGAAAGAAUUUGGUGGAAGCUUGGAGUCUGAGUGUGUUGAAAAUUCUUCUAUUGCUUACCAUUAUAAAGAAGCUAAAAGGUAUUGCAGUGACGAGAGUGCAGAGCAGUUUAGGGCUUCUGAAAUUGUUGCACUAUCUCUGAACACAGAAGUGCUCAAGUGCGAUAAGUUAGAAAGUAAUGGCUACAAUGAUUAUGUUGGAGAUUGGAGGAUGUACUGGGACACUUACUACAUGAGAAAUUACUUCUAUAACAUCCAAACUGGUACGUCCACAUGGGAAGCACCUGACUGUAUGAAACAUCUUGAAUACGAUGGUGUUACUGAUGGAUCAAGUGAUGUAAUUGCUGAAGUUACUGAAAAUGAGAUUGGCCCCAACACUUCUUGUGAUUUGCUAAAUCAUUUUGAGAGUUUCGAGAAACAUUCCGAUGAUGAUAAAUUAGUAGAUCGGCUGUCAGAUGAGGUUUCAGUAGAAAUAGGAGUCACUGCCAGUUGUACUUGGCCUGGAGUGGCUGUAGCUGAAAGAGAUCAGUUUGAACUCCGAGACAACCUUAAGGGAAUCAGUACAAGUUGCGAAGAUGAUGUCACAUCAUGCUUAUUGGAUGCACAUGACAUUGUUGGAAGCUUGUCCAGUAUGAUAUCUGAACGAGAAAAUGAUGAUGACAACAUGCAAAUGGAAGUUGGCAAUCUUGCAACUAAUAAGUUAGAUACCCAGCUUGACUCUCGCAUAAGAAAACAGAAAAAGAAAGCAAGAAAAACACGAGCUCAUAUAAAAUCAUCAAGUGAAGAUAUUCAGUGUGAAGAAAUAUUUGAAGACUUUUCUCCCAAUAUUGGCAGAUAUUGGCGUCAAAGAUAUCUAUUGUUUUCAAGAUUUGAUAACGGUAUAAGAAUGGACGAAGAAGGAUGGUUUUCUGUAACUCCAGAGCCCAUUGCCAGGCAUCAAGCACUCCGUUGUACUAGUGACCUCAUAAUUGACUGUUUCACUGGAGUUGGUGGAAAUGCUAUUCAAUUUGCACAAUUGUGCAAACACGUUACUGCAAUUGAUGUUGAUCCGAAGAAGAUUGAUUAUGCAUAUCACAAUGCUUCCAUAUACGGAGUUGAUGACCAAAUAGAUUUUAUAGUGGGCGACUUUUUUGUUUUGGCACCAAAGCUGAAGGCUGACACCGUCUUCCUGUCACCUCCUUGGGGAGGACCUGAUUAUGCUAAAGUGGGGACUUACAACAUUAUGACAAUGCUUAGGCCACGAGAUGGAUAUUCUCUUUUUAACACUGCAAAGAAAAUUGCUCACAGAAUUGUCAUGUUUCUACCUAGAAAUACUGAUCUCAAUCAAUUGGCAGAAUUGACUCUAUCAGCUGAUUGUCCAUGGUCAUUAGAGGUUGAGAAGAAUUAUUUGAACGGCAAGUUGAAGGCAAUAACUGCUUACUUCAGUGACACAACAGUAUAGGGCACUAAAUUGCCUUGAUCCACUUAUACAGUGGGUGAAGAAACUGGUGUCUUUGUGGAGCUGUUCUUCUUAUUCGAUGUAAACAUUGUAAGUUAUAUAAAUUGGUGAUCUUCUAUAUCCAGAAACUACAUAGGAACGUGGCAAAUCAAUCCUUGUAUAAAAAUAAUGUCUGUCUAGAACGCCAUUAACCGAUUAGCUUAUCGCUUGGAGUGAAAUUCACUCUGCAUGGAGAUGCCAGGUAAAUUCUCAUGUGCUGGAAGAAUUUAAAAAUACCUGGCAAGAAAGAUUCCUGUGGGAUGUAAAGUAUAAUUUUGUAGUGUGAUUUUUGUGUCUUAA